AUUUCAUUUCAGCAGGGAGACCAGACCCUCCAGUCUGAUUACUCUCUGUUCUUGCUCAACCUGCUGAGAUAUUUUACAGUCUUUCCGCUCGCUCUGCUAGAGUGCAAGAUUGUUGCAAUUUAUGAAGCACAGACUACCGACGCCUUUGGAAAUCUGCUUCGUGGGAUUAAGGGCUGUAUUUCACACAUUUUAGGGGGAAAGUGAAGAUCUGGGGGUGGUUCUUUUCUGUGGGGAGUUCCGAUUAAUCUUGCUGUCACGUGGCGAUUAGAUUAAAGCGGUUGAAGAAGUUUGGCAUGUUCUUUGCAUGGCUCCCGAGAUUUUGCCUCGCAAUAUGCAAGAUUAAACCACGACUGGCAACUAAAAAACUGGAUUAAUUAUAUAAGAGGUGGAAAUGAAAAUAGGUAAAUUUCAGAAAGGGAUUAAGUAAGAAUUAUCAAUGGCUCAUCCGAUGGAUACAGAGACCUGUGGUUAACUAGUACUGUGCACAUUGAGGCUUUUUUUUUUUUCACCAUCGAUUAUGUGAAUGCACUGCUACUGUGUCGUUUCACCAAAGUUUAUGAUACAAGAUCCAUCAUUUGGUUUAUGCUCAAUAAUGGAGAAUAAAAUUGGACUAAAAACGCUCUUUUUCUUACUAAAUGCUUGGUUUCUCCUCAUCCUGAUAGAAGAAGGAUUAGCACUGGCACAAAAAACACAAGAGGUCCAAAAUGUUGGAACAAAGCUCAAACCUGAUGCUCAGUGUGGUACAUGGAUUCGAGACCACAACGGAGGAUUGUUCACCUCCCCAAACUACCCUGAUACCUACCCCCCAAACAAGGAAUGUGUUUACAUCUUGGAAGCUGCACCACGUCAAAGAAUUGAGUUGAGCUUUGAUGACCCUUACUACGUCGAGCCUUCCUUUGAGUGCCGCUUCGAUCACCUGGAGAUUCGGGACGGUCCGUUCGGGUUCUCCCCUCUGAUUGAUCGCUACUGCGGCCCGAAGAGUCCCGGCUUGGUGAGAUCCACAGGGAGGUUCAUGUGGAUCAAGUUCACGACGGACGAGGAACUCGAGGGGCUGGGUUUCCAGGUCACAUAUGAAUUCGUAUCAGAUCCAGAUUUCACAUACCUGGGUGGAAUAUUAAAUCCUAUUCCAGCAGACUGCCAGUUCGAACUCUCCGGAGCCGAUGGACUAAUUCGCUCAGGUCAAGUCGAGGAAGAUGAUAAAAUCAAGCCUGGUCAAGCUGUUGACUGCAUAUGGACGGUUCGAGCCCCUCCUAAAGCUAAAAUUUAUCUGCGGUUUCUUGAGUACCAGAUGGAGCACUCCAAUGAGUGCAAGAAGAACUUUGUGGCGGUGUACGAUGGCAGCAGCGCCAUCGAGAACCUGAAGGCCAAGUUCUGUAGCACCGUGGCCAACGACGUCAUGCUGGAGACAGGGACCGGUGUGGUGAGAAUGUGGGCCGACGAGAGCAGCAGGCUCAGCCGUUUCAGAAUGCUCUUCACUUCCUUCGUCGACCCUCCCUGUUCCGGCAAUACAUUCUUUUGCCAUAGCAACAUGUGCAUCAACAGUUCUCUAGUUUGCAAUGGAGUUCAAAACUGUGUUUAUCCCUGGGAUGAAAAUCACUGUAAAGAGAAAAAGACCAAUGGCCUGUUUCAUCAGAUCACUAAAACGCAUGGCACCAUCAUUGGCAUAUCUUCUGGGAUAGUCCUGGUCCUCCUCAUCAUUUCCAUCCUGGUGCAGAUGAAGCAGCCCCGCAAGAAGGUGUUGGCACGCAAGCCUGCUUUCAACAAGAGCAGCUUCCAAGAGGUGUUCGACCCUCCUCACUAUGAGCUCUUCUCACUGAGGGACAAGGAGAUCUCCUCGGACCUGGCAGACCUCUCCGAGGAGCUGGAGAGUUACCACAAGAUGAGGAGGUCCUCCACAGCCUCACGCUGCAUCCAUGACCACCACUGCGGGGGCCAGCCCUCCAUGGUCAAAGAGAGCCACACCAACCUCAGCUCCAUGGAGCUCCCCUAUCGCAACGACUUCUCCCAGCCCCAGCCCAUGAAGACAUUCAACAGCACCUUCAAGAAAAGCUGCUAUGGCUAUAAACAGACUCACGACUGCACCGAGCAAGUCAUAGAAGACAGAGUGAUGGAGGAGAUCCCCUGCGAGAUCUACGUGAGGGGCAGCAGGAAUAAUGACGCAGUACAGCGCUCAAUGUCUAUCGACUUUUGAAACAGAAAUCUCCAGAGGAGAGCGAUAUACCCACAUCUUUGUUUUCACAGGGAGGAGAAUAGACUUUUUUGGUUUUAAAUACAAUGCUCGCAAUACUAUUUUAUUUAUUUGUAUGGAGGAUUUUUUUGUCAGAUUUAGUCUUAUUUUGGAUGUCAUUGCUUGGCUUUACUUAAUGACUUUUGCAUUAGAUAGUUUAAUAACUGUACGAUAAUAAUGUAAAUAUGACUGGUGUAUUACUAAUCCAUAUAUUAAAAGCAGCCCACUGGUCCUCAUGUUUUUUUUUUUUUUUUUUUUUUUUUUUAACUGUUUCUGUUUUUUUUUUGUUUUAAAUAAUAAAAUACAAAAAAAAAAAAAAAAAAAAAAUGAAUGAGGUUAUUAUUGAAGCUAUAUUAACUGCUGCUUUUUUUGGUUUUCUUUUUUUAACCUGGCAGCUUAGUUCUAGAUUUAUAAUGUCUUUAUUAUAAUGAAUUAGGAAAUAUAUUUUAUCAUUAUGUGACUGAUUUUAACUCAACAUUCGUAUAAAUUGAAUUUCUGUUGCUGGCAACAACCACACACAAUUUCAUAACCACAAUUUCAUAACCAGUAUUAGUUGCUAAUUCUAAUAUCUUGCUGUCAAUUUGGAUUUGCAUUGGUUAAACUGAUCUUAUUUAUGAAAGUGUAUGCAUUGGCAGAGCCGUCUUUAAAAAUAGCUUUUCUAUUGUUCUGAAUAAAAAUGAAGAAAGAUAUUGCAUUGAGAAUUUCUGUGGAAACAGUACCUUCAACGUCACAGUUGCCCGGUAUUUUUAAGCUCUGCUGUGCUAUAAAGCAGCAAAUUAAGGGAAACAUUCUGAGUGAUUUAUGUCAUCCAUACCUAUAAAACAUUCACAGUGUUAUAUACAGUAAUACUAAAAGAAACAGAUAUGAUUCAAUGACAAG